AUGUACGCGGUGGAAUACGCCGAGCACUACACUCUAAGCAAACUUCUUACCGAUUGCCGCAUAGAUGUCAGCAUCAAAGAUCGCUUUGGGCAAAAUGCAUUGCAUCUUGCAGUUCGAAAGGAAGACCAUGUUUCCGUGCAGAUAUUGGCACGAUAUCCUCAUGUGGAUGUCAAUUGGUGCGACGCCCAUGGAAAUACGGCUCUCCUUCUCGCGGUCAAAAGCCUCAAGAGUAAAACAUCGAGUCGAGUCGUGGAUUCACUGCUUCUAAAUUCUAAUCUUGAUAUCAAUUGCCGCGAUCGAAUGGGACGCACCGCGCUGUGGUAUGCAGUUGCUAGCCAGCGUGAACAGCUGGUGGAAUUGCUGUUGCUUCAAGCCAAUAUUUGUUUGAACGUUGCCGACAAUCAAGGAUUUACACCUCUUACGAAAGCAGCGGAGCACCAAAACCCUGCUUUACUACAUAUUUUACUGAGACACUUCAACAUAUGUAUCAAUGCCUCUUUGGAGCUAGUUAUCCCACCAUUGUGGGCAGCGUGUCGGGCGGGCUCGCUCGCCUCCGUCAAGAGCUUGUUGAGCCAGAGGUCUGUACAUAUCAAUCAGAAAGCCCCUUUUGGAACCUCGCCACUGCAUGUGGCUGUCAUCAAUCAACACUCGGAUAUCGUGUCUCUUCUACUCUCGCGUGAGCAAAUCGCAGUGAAUGAUGUUGACCCCUCUGGUUUCACUGCACUCAUGUUGGCGGCAGCAAACGGGUAUAUUGCGUGUAUUGAAUACCUGUUGCGCCAUCCAAAAAUCGACCUCAAUGUCAAAGACAUGAAUGGAUACUCGGCAAUUCUUUGGCCCUCAGUGAACGGAAAUGUUCGGCUGGUGAAUCUAAUACGCGGUGCCCUGGCACGACAGACAAUGCGGGAGCUUAGAUCACCUACAGUUUGGCCACGAGAAUGA